GUGCCAGCAGCUGAUGUGGCUAGCGAAUUUUUUGUUGUUGAUUUUGCGCUGGACUUUGAAACCGCCACUCGGAAUUUAUUGUUAUUCUACUUCUGCAAACAAUAAGCCGCCCGCGAUGUUCCGCACUCGAGUGAACCCAAAGCUGUCGUGCGUUACGAGGAACUCCUUGAGAACGCGGACGACGACGACCCAUGGCCAGCACUACCAGUACCUACAGUGCUCCAAGCUUCCUACGCUCUACUUUCAACGUUCCCUGCCCCGGCUGCCCAUUCCCUUGCUGGAGAACACCUGCCAGAGGUUCUUGGCAGCCACCAAACCGCUGCUCUCUGCCACCGAGCAGGCAGACACCCAGAGCACUGUCGAAAACUUUCGACAGGGAAUCGGAAUGGAGCUGCAUGCAAAGCUAAAGCAGCAUGAUGUUGACCACAAGCACACCAGCUAUAUAUCGCAGCCUUGGUUCGACAUGUACCUUGCCGAUCGAGCUCCCUUGCCGCUGAACUACAACCCUCUCCUGGUGAUGAAGAGCGACACCCGAAAGGAGUACCAGGAUCAGGUGGUGAGGGCCACCAACCUUGUGAUUAGCUCACUGCGCUUCUGGCGAUCUCUGCAGGCGGACCUGCUCGAGCCGGAGGUCUAUCACAUGAACGCUAAAAAGAGCGACAACGACAGCUACCGGCGAUGGAUGAAAGUGGCGCCGACGGCCUUUGCCACCUACGCCUCGUACGCAUUCAAGGCUUUCCCGCUGGACAUGAGCCAGUACAACCGACUUUUUGGCACCGCAAGGAUUCCGCGGUUGGGCAAGGAUGAACUGGUGCAGUCCCCCAACUCCAAGCACAUCUUAGUACUGCGUCGCGGCCACAUGUACGCCGUAAAUGUCCUCGAUUCUAGUGGCUUUAUUGAAAGUCCCAGCGUGAUUCUGGGUCGAUUGAGGGCAGUGAUCAAGUUGGACGCUGAUCGAGAGGCCGCGACUGUUCCAUUGGGCGUCCUAACCUCUGGCCAGCGGGAUCAAUGGGCCCGCACCCGGGAGCAGUUUGUGAGCAAUCCCAAGAACGCAGAUCUGCUCCAAAGCGAGGUGGAUGCAGCGUUGUUUUGCGUGUGUCUAGAUGGGGAAGAAGAUGGUGUCUUCGAUGAAAAUAGCCAAGAGCCUCUGUUGAAGCAUCUGUUGGCCGGUAAAGCAACGAAUAGGUGGUUUGACAAAUCUAUUUCCCUGCUGAUCAGCGCCGAUGGCACCACGGCCAUCAACUUCGAGCACUCUUGGGGCGAUGGCGUUGCUGUGCUGCGAUACUUUAACGAGCUCUACAAGGACACUCUGAAGCAGCCGUUCGUAUCCACGGAGACUCCCCACACACCCGCCGAAGGUGACUUCACAAAUGUGCGGCCCAUCAACUUCGAGAUCGAUGACGCCACCCGGUCGGCGGUUCAAGAGGCCUAUGAGAAAAACGCGAGCAUUGUGGACAGCUUGGACAUGAAUGUGCUAAAGUAUCCGCACAUCAACAAGCCGACCUGUAAACAGUUCGGCCUCAGUCCCGACUCCAUCAUCCAGCUGGCCUUCCAGUUGGCCUACCGCCAAGCCUUCAACGGCUAUGUGGGCACUUACGAGUCGUGCAGCACCUCCGCCUUCCGACAUGGCCGAACGGAAACAAUGCGCCCCUGCACCACAGCCACGCAAGACUUUUGUGAGGCGGUUCUUCAGCCGGAGGGGAAGAAGCCCAGUGCCGGAGAGCUCCGCGCCAUGAUAGACCAGUGCAGCAAGGUGCACGGCCAGCUAACGAAAGAGGCGGCCAUGGGGCAGGGCUUUGAUCGCCAUUUGUUCGCCCUUCGCCACACGGCUCAGAAAGAAGGCAUACCUGUGCCGGAGAUAUAUGAGACUGAGGCCUAUCGGCGCAUCAACAACAACAUAAUAAGCACCUCCACUCUGGGAUCUGAUGCCCUGCUCGCUGGCUCCUUUGGUCCGGUUGUCAGGAACGGAUUUGGAAUCGGCUAUUCCAUUCAAAACGAUUUUGCUGGCGCCAUAGUCACCACAUACAAAAACCAGGCCGAUGGCAAAGUUUUUAUAGACAGCCUGAGUUCCGCCUUUGAUAAAAUCUACUCUGUAAUCCAGCAAAGCAGGAGUGGCAGUAACAAGCAGUAGGAGACUAUGCUACCCUAAAGGACUUUCCCCCAUGGAUUUUCAAGCGAAACAAUGAGAUUUAUUUUGAUGCUUUUACAAUUUGUAGUAUCCCAUGUGUCUGAAUUGCAAUAUCUUUACCGAGCUCUACAAUUUAUAUAUUAUACACUGAAAACAUUCUGCCCCAUUUAUAGCA